CUCUUCCGCGCCGGCAGGGGCAGCAGCGGGAGCGACGCGGGGCGGAGCGGCGCGAGCAGCCAGGAGCGGUCCGGCCCGGCCCGGCGCGGCGGCUACAGCAGCGGCGGCGGCGGCGGUAGCAACGCCAGAACCCGUGGGCGCCGUUUGCGAGGCCGCCGCAGGCUCCAGGCCGCAGCGCGGGGAGGCUUGAGGUCUGGAGGCCGCCGCUGCCGCCAUGCCGCUGCUCUUCCUCGAGCGCUUCCCCUGGCCCAGCCUCCGCACCUACACGGGCCUCAGCGGCCUGGCCCUGCUCGGCACCAUCGUCAGCGCCUACCGCGCCCUCAGCCAGCCCGAGGCCGGGCCCAGCGAGCAGGAGCCGCUAACGGCCUCGCUGCAGCCGGGGGCGCCCGCGCCUGAGGGGCCGCUCGCCGAGGGACCCGGGGCCCGCGACGUGGCCCAGUACCUACUCUCCGACAGUCUCUUCGUGUGGGUGCUGGUGAAUACCGCUUGCUGUGUUUUGAUGUUGGUGGCUAAGCUUAUCCAGUGUAUUGUGUUUGGCCCUCUUCGAGUGAGUGAGAGACAGCACCUCAAGGACAAGUUUUGGAAUUUUAUUUUCUACAAGUUCAUUUUCAUCUUUGGUGUGCUGAAUGUCCAGACAGUGGAAGAAGUGGUCAUGUGGUGCCUCUGGUUUGCUGGACUUGUAUUUCUGCAUCUGAUGGUUCAGCUCUGCAAGGACCGAUUUGAAUAUCUUUCCUUUUCUCCCACAACACCAAUGAGUAGCCAUGGCCGAGUCCUGUCUCUGCUGAUUGCUAUGCUGCUUUCCUGUUGUGGGCUGGCUGUCGUCUGCUGCAUCACUGGCUAUACCCAUGGGAUGCACACCUUGGCCUUCAUGGCUGCAGAGUCCCUUCUUGUGACAGUGAGGACCGCUCAUGUGAUUUUACGAUAUGUUAUUCACCUCUGGGACCUCAACCACGAGGGGACCUGGGAAGGAAAGGGAACGUAUGUCUACUACACGGAUUUUGUCAUGGAGCUAACACUCGUGUCCCUGGACCUCAUGCACCACAUUCACAUGCUGUUAUUUGGUAACAUCUGGUUGUCCAUGGCCAGCCUGGUCAUCUUUAUGCAGCUGCGUUACCUGUUUCAUGAGGUUCAGCGUCGAAUUCGUCGGCACAAGAACUACCUGAGGGUCGUUGGGAACAUGGAAGCCAGGUUUGCAGUUGCAACUCCCGAGGAACUGGCUGUCAACAAUGAUGAUUGUGCCAUCUGCUGGGACUCCAUGCAGGCUGCCAGAAAACUGCCCUGUGGUCAUCUUUUCCACAAUUCCUGUCUCCGUUCCUGGCUAGAACAAGACACCUCCUGUCCAACAUGCAGAAUGUCUCUCAACAUCGCUGACAACAGUCGUGUCAGGGAAGACCAGCAAGGCGAGAACCUGGAUGAGAAUUUGGUGCCUGUAGCAGCAGCUGAAGGCAGACCUCGCUUAAACCAGCACAAUCACUUCUUCCACUUCGAUGGGUCCCGGAUUGCGAGCUGGCUGCCGAGCUUCUCAGUCGAAGUGAUGCACACCACCAACAUUCUUGGCAUCGCGCAGGCAAGCAACUCCCAGCUGAACGCCAUGGCUCAUCAGAUCCAAGAGAUGUUUCCCCAGGUUCCGUAUCACCUGGUGCUGCAGGACCUCCAGCUGACACGCUCUGUUGAAAUAACAACAGACAACAUUCUAGAAGGACGGAUUCAAGUCCCUUUUCCGACCCAGCGGUCGGACAGCAUGCGGCCUGCAUUGACCAGUCCUGUGGAGAGACCAAACAGUGACCUGGACGAGGGCGAAGUUUCCACUCAGACAGAACGAGUGCCCCUGGACCUUGGUCCUCAUCUGGAAGAGACGUUGGACAUCAGUGAGGCCGACACAGAGCCCGGCGAGGCAGAGGACUUUGAGGCUCGUGGGAGCCGCUUCUCCAAGUCAGCCGACGAGAGACAGCGCAUGUUAGUGCAGCGCAAGGACGACCUCCUCCAGCAGGCUCGGAAGCGCUUCCUAAACAAAAGCUCUGAAGAGGACACAGCUGCAGAGAGCUUUCUGGCCCCUGAAGUCCCGUCCUCUGACCCCGUGGCCCUGCGGCGGAGGAUGCUGGCUGCUGCCGCCGAGCGAAGGCUCCAGAAGCAGCAGCCCUCCUAGCGCUGCCGCCAUGCCAUCCUCGGCCACCGCCUUCUGAGCCUGUGCCCGACCGGAAGAGGCCUGCCCAGUGCCGCCCGUCGCCAUGGGCCCGACUGCAUUGCCGCUGUACAAAGCAUGUGGUCUUACUAGUGUUUGGACAGCUGACAGAUUUAAUCCUUCUUUGUAAUACUUUCUAUGUGACAUUUCUCUGCCCCUUAAAAACACUGCACAUUGUAACUGUAGGCACGAUGUCUUCUGGCGUUGACUGGACUUCUUGGGGGUGGGGAAAGGUCAGGAGGAAGUGAUCAACCCCCUGCCUGCCAUAUGGGCCUUCGUCGUCCUUUGCUCCCCAUUGGGCAGGAAGCCGCCUGUUGUGGGCAGGCUGCAGGAGCAGCAGGGAAACGCACAGCAUGAGCCGGCUUGGCAUCACAGUCAGCAGCUGUCACAGUGAGGAGGCCUGGCCCUGGGCUCCUGGCCCCUGGAGCUCGCAGGUCAUUUUGGGAAACUCCCGGGUUGGCUGCCUGGAGCGGAGGAGGGGCAGGCCCUGGUCUCCAGAGUGUGAGAAGGUGACUUUCUUCUGUCCCACCACAUCGGGACUUGCUGAGCCCCGGUUCCCGGCUGGCUUUAUUUCCGUUAACUCUGGUGCUCCCGCAAGUCCUAAGUGGACCUGUGUCCCUCUGCCCUCCGCAUCCCGUGUCACUCUGAACAUGGGACAGGGGGACACAGCAAGCUUCGAUCAAGCACACUGGGCAAUGCCAAAGCCUAUGAGUUUGGUGUUUGGAGAAGGCAUGGGCCUGGCUAUGGGGGUGCAUUUAGGAGGGCUUUCCUGAAGAACUAAGGAUUCCUUUCUUCUCCAGAGCCCUUGAUUCUAGUAACUUCUUUCCAGUUGUUUAGUGAGACCUAGAAAGGUGAAAAGUUGAAUCCACACACCUUGGAGCAGACCCGGGUCUUGAAUCUUUAAUUUCCUCAUGGCAGUUCUCGGAUUUGAAACACACAAUCAUAGGUUACAUAGUUCAGUUUUAUGUCCCAUUGGAUUUUUUAAUGUUUGAAAGCAUAGUUCUAUGGUAGUCCUUAUGGGAAGAAUCCAGUAUUAUCUAAAACGAUUGGCAAAGUUAAAUGUAUUUUACAUAACAAAGUUUUUAGAAUGUUGACAAUUGAGAAAAGGAUGGUAGACAAAUAUUUAGGCAGGCGUAAUUUAUUUCAAUAAAUCUUUCAAAAGCCUUA